AUGACCUUGUGCAAAUACCAAGAGCAGGACGACAAGUUCAAGGCCCGCCAACCAUCUUCAGUCAAGUGGCAGAUCAUUCACCCUGCGAUGGGCCCGGUGUACAUGGACACUGACCCGCUCGAAGAGAACUAUAUCAGUAACGCAAGGGAUGCGCGGAUGGCCUGUGCUGCGCUUCAGGAAAUGCUGUAUUCCUGGCAGCAAGGGUAUCUAGAAGAUUAG